AACCUCUUCUCUCUCUCUCUCUCUCUCUCUCUCUCUCUCUCUUACAUUUGGUCAUCUAAAACAAACUUUUAUCACCAGAGUCCAAUUUAAAUGGCAAGCUCUCACUCCGUUAAUAGAGACCCACCGAUUGGAGCCAAUAUCGAAGGCGAGAAAAGACACAUUCCUUUGACAGCCUUAAGCAGACGUUCAUCGACUGCUACGAUUUCACCUGAAAAUGGCUCCUCUAAAGGAUCAAUUCCCAAGCGUCGACUUGAAUCAGAAUCAACAUUCACAAUAAAUUCUAAGCGUGGAAAUCAUAUUAGGCGCUCUCAUUCUGAUAUUAAUCAUCGUAAAGAACAUUGGGCGAAACCUGAUGCUGCGCCUUUUGGACCUUCUCAGUCUUCAGCGACCGUACAAAAUAUUAUCCAGACGCCGACUUAUGUGCCUGAUCCACCCAACUGGGAGACAAAUUCUGCUUGGUGUUAUCUUCAAAGCAUGCACCCUUCAUAUAAAUCUAUUUAUCUUGAUAGACAGUCCUGCACUGAUGGUAGUCGCACAGGAUAUGUACUUGGACGCGCCGAUGACUGCGAUAUAACUCUUCGAUUAACACAAGUUAGCAAGAGACAUUGCACUAUCUACAUGGAGAGUGGUAAUGAUGGUAGAUAUAAGGGAAUAAGUAUAUAUAUCAACGAUACCAGUAAGAAUGGCACUUUUGUAAAUGGAGUAACUAUUGGAUCCGGAAAACGUGUUAUGCUCAAGUCCGGAGAUCAAAUUCGUCUUUUCUACCCGGAAGCUACAGAAGCUUGCGAGAACGAUCUGACUUGCUUCCGUGUUAUUCUUCCACCAACAUUUGAAGUGGGAACAUUCCACGAAGAUUACAAGAUAGAUAAUACUCUUGGUAAAGGAUAUUUUGCUCUUGUUAGUCGGGCAGUACCAAAAAAAUCUGGGGUACCAGUUGCAGUCAAGAUCAUUACAAAGUCUAGGUGUGUACGCAAACCAAAGAUGCUUCCUUCAAUUAUCCAGGAAAUUAGCAUCUUGAUGUCUCUCGAAGCCCAUCCAUGUAUUAUGAAGAUUGAAAAGGUUUACAACGAGCCAGAUUUUAUAUACCUGGUCCUUGAACUAGUUGAGCAUGGGGAAUUAUUUGACUACAUAACCAAAAGCAAACUUGAUGAAGAAAAGACCCGUUUCAUUUUUUGGCAGCUCUUUGAUUCAAUUAAUUUCUUACAUAAGAAAGGAAUUGUUCACCGUGACUUGAAACCAGAGAAUAUAUUGCUGGCAAAUAUGGAUACUCUUCACAUCAAACUAAUUGAUUUCGGGCUGGCUAAAGAACAACAAGCCGGAGAAAAGCUUGUGACUCAGUGCGGCACACCUACAUAUGUUGCGCCAGAAGUACUGAAACACUCUUCCACAAGAGCAUACGGAAAGGAAUGUGAUCUCUGGUCCUUGGGUGUAAUGCUGUAUAUCUGCCUUUCUGGAUAUCCACCUUUUGAUGCAGAAGCUGUUGGACCACCUAGUAUGGAAGAGCAGAUCGUAAAUGGGAUAUACUCGUUUGAUCACUCUCCUUGGGAAAAUAUAUCUUCUGAAGCCAAGAAACUUAUUAGAGGUCUUUUGACUGUUGACCCGGACAAUCGAUUUACUAUUCAUCAAGCCAUGAAUAGUCCCUGGAUGCUGAUGGAUAUCGAAGGUCUGAAGCGAAGAAUCAAACGUGUUCAUCCUCAAUGGAUAGUGAGGCCAAAGACUGCGGAAAUAGUGGAAGAAGAUGCUAUUACAACACAGAUAGCAAAUUAUUGAAUCCCAUAAUUAUUUUUGGGUAUAAUAUAGUCCUCUUGCUUUCUGUUUAUUUAUUAUCAACUAUUGAUGUAUUCUGUCCUACCAACUAUUUCUUUUCAUGUAGCAUCAAUAAAGAAGAAGUUCAAGGUAGUCCU